CUAUCUAUAGUCCAUCUCUAUUUUAAGACCAUGCAGACAGGACGCAAUGGAGCUCACACAAAUCUUUAUUUACCAUGCAGCUCGAGGGAAAAAAUGGCUAUUCCACACUCGAGUCACACACAAAAUAAUUACUUGAGAGGCCGUUUUAGGAAGAACAGAGAUCCUGGUUUAAGAGACCAUGGAAAUGCCCGAAGGCCUGGGAAUCAACCGGGAUAUUCAUGCCGAGAAUGCGACCCUUGAUCUGGAGAACAGAGAGUGCCAGGCAGGCUGGCUGAGAGUGAGGGUGGAGGACAGUUGGUUCACUGUGGAGCGGGCUUUUCUCCUUAAGUACAGCGACUAUUUCUGUGCUCUUUUUCACUCUGGGAUGAAAGAAAGUCAGCAAGAUGAGCUCUACCUGAAAGGAGGAGUGCACGCAAGAGGUUUCCUCAUUGCCCUUGCAGUCUGCAGGGGAGAGAUUCCCACCAUCAGUGAACCAGAUGAGCUUGUCGAAGCGGUCGAGUGUGCUGCUUUUCUACAGGUUGAACAUUUGGUCCUGCAUCUUUGCGACAUUAUAGACUCGGACAACUGCCUUCUGCUUUACCAUACAGCCUCCAUAUUUGGGGUGCACGCACUGUUUCACAAUGCUGCACUCUUUCUUUGUGACACCUUUGAUGAUCUCAAGGAUGAAGCAGAAAGUUCAAUCCCCGAGGAGCUGCUGCAAUACUCUCAAACUUUGUCCCCUUCUUCUUUUAUUGCUAUAGGGACCCAUUCUCCUUCACUGGAGCUGCUGCAAGACUCCUUCAGGGUCGUUUGCUACCUCGACGAAAAAGAGGGGCAGUGGAAACAUCUGACAGACCUACCAACUGCUUGCAGCACCUCCAUGGCUGGAGUAGCAGUGGUUGACAAUCGCUUAUAUAUCGUUGGUGGGGUUUUUGGUUACAGUAAGGACACAGUGGACAGUAGCUUCUGCUACAACCCCGAUUCAGGACUUUGGACUACUCUCCCAGGUCCCCAGCAACCCAGAUAUAAUUUUACCCUUCUUGGGCACGGGGGUCAGCUCUACGCCAUUGGUGGAGAGUCCCAAAAGAAUAUAAUUUCCACAGCAGAGAGGUAUGAUGUUGUAAAAGGAGAGUGGACAUUUAUACAGCAUGCGCCACGACCUGUAGCAUCUGCAGCUUGUGCUGUCGCUAGACGACGGAUAUUUAUUUGCUUCUGGAAGCCACCAGACACCACAGACAUCUAUGAAUACGUACCUGUGAAUGAUGAGUGGAAGCUUGCUACCACACUGAUCAGACCUCAGAGCUAUGGCCACUGUAUGGUAGCUCACAAGGACAAUUUGUAUGUGAUGCGCAACGGGCCUUGUGACGACUUUCUUCGCUGUCUAAUGGAUUGUUAUAAUAUCACAACAGGCCAGUGGACAGCUAUGCAUGGGCAUUACAUCAACAGCAAGGGAGCUCUGUUCACCGCAAUGAUCAGGGGGGAUUCUGCGUUCACAGUGAAACACAUGUUAACUCUUGUGUAUACCAUCACUGAAAAUGGAUGGAAGCCCCGUAAGCAGAUGAACGGAUUUCCAAAGAGUGGUUCACUGUGGACAUGUUUACUCAGGCUUCCCAAGACGGGGCCAGUUAUACCACAGCUGGAUGCAGAAGGCAAGGAAGGAGAAAUGCCUCUGUCAGACCUGUCUGAGGCAUAUCUGGAAGCUAUACAGCACUUGUGAAAUUAUUGUACAACUGAAAAGUAAAACGUUUUUUGAGAUUUUAAAUAAUAAAAUAAAUCCUCGAAAAUACUGCUGCUAAAUAAUUCUGAAGGCUCCAAAUGGACAAAAAUUAACUUUAUUUCAAUGCAUCCAAUUCACAUGCACUCUCACACACAUGCUGACAAGCACUUGCACUGAUUAACAACAGCUGCUACUGCAGUUUAUAGUAGGGAGGCCACUGUGCAUGUGUGUGAAGUUCAAAGGCACUGACGGGAUGUUUUAAACCUUUUUCCUGAAGUCACACUGGGCCAAUUCAGAAGCCACUGGUCUCCUAGUCAACAUGAAACACAGUGUAGUUCCCUCUCACACACUCCUGAACAAUCACCUCUCCAGUCUUGUAGCCCCAUGGGUUGUUAAAUACCUGCUUCUGAGGGAGAACACAUUUCACGAAGCCUCGGCUUGCAACUCUGAUGGUUGAGGGGAAUGAUUUUGGCUUGCAUGACCACAGACGUUAUUUGUGUCAUUAUAUUAAAACUGCUGCAGCUGGGUUUCAAUAUCUGACAACAACCCAUUAACUUACAGUA